CUUUGUUUGCAGAGGGCUUGGCAGGAGUGAAGCGCAAGCAGCCGGGUAUUUAAUAUUUGUUUGAGUCGUUGGCACCCGGGUGACUGCUGCAGCGCUGGACGUGCAGUGAUCUACCCCAUCAGCAUGGAAUUAACCCCGCAGUUCCUGUAGAGCUCUGCUAACCAGAAAAAUAUGCCAGAAAUGAUUUCCUCACCAGAUUUCAGCAGUGAAACUGAUUUCAUGGCACAGUACAUGUCCAACAUUGCACGUGCCGGCGUCAUCGUGAACUCUGCUUUCCCGAACCUGGAAUUGGGUGGAGAUGGGCAGACGCCGAGGCCUCCUAGCGCCCUUUCCGGAACGCGGAUUCCCACGCCUUUCUCCGGCAGCAGCAGCCUGUUAAGUGAGGACUCUUUUGAACACCAAAAUGCGGUUCAUAAACCCCCGCACCAUAAGCUGGACCAUGCAGGGCAGAUGUCGGCACAUAAGGACCCUGACUGGGAAGGGAGCAGAAGUCGGCCGCACAGCAGGCCGCUUUUCAGAGAGGAGGACGUUUUAAGAGAAGAACUAAAUGAUCCACUAUUUAAAAAACUCGAACAGCUUAAAGAAAUACAACAGCAGAAACAAGAGCAGUUAAAGCAGCAGCAGAUGGAGCAGCUCCAUAAGCUCAUGGAGGAGCAGAAAAUGCUGCUGAACCUGGUAUCGCGGCAGCCAUCAUACUCCGAACAGGAGCAGCAGAACCUCCUAUCGGGACAUCUCAGUAGCUCUUUGUCCCAAAAACAUCUUUCACACCUUAUGUCCUCUGUCAGUGGGAACAUCCCCAGAGACUCCCCAUACAUGAAGCAAGAACUGCUCACCAAGGACAGAAGUCCAUCCCGACCCCCUUCCGUAUCUGUUCGGGAGCUUAGUCCUGAAAAAUCCAAAACGCUAGAGGAGCUAUUAAACGAGGAGGACACUGAAGAUUAUUCGGGGGAUGAGUAUGAAACAGAAGAUUCUUCACACAGAGAAGAUUCCUCCAGGGUAACGCCAGAACCACUUACUAAGAACAAUGCAGAGGACAGGCCCAUUGUGUCUGGUAUCAAGGAAAGAAAGAAAUCAUUUGAAGAGUUCUUGGAGGAACAGAUGAGGAUUGAAGAACAAAGACUUAAACAAACCAACCUACAACAGGCCAUUGAAGAACAGUCAAAGAGUAAACUAGCAGUGAAAAGACCAUUUCUUCGUAGAGGAGAGGGGAUUGCUAGAUUUAAAAAUGCACCUACUAAACGAAUCAAACCUCAGGAAAACAAAGCAAAUUCUGCAGAAGUGGCUGUUCCUCAGAAAUUGGAGAAAGUUCACAUUCAAAGAAAAAUUGCACCAUUUAGCAAGGAUCCGGCGUCUGAGAAUGGAUCUGGGGUAACAAAAAUCACAGCUCUGCCUGCAAGAGAGAAGAGCGAGUCAGCACAGAGAAAAGCUGUCCUUAAAAACCACAACCGAAAGCAUAGUGUGUCCUCCGCCACGGCACACGGGCAGCUGGAAGACAAGACCACCUUAAGUGGGAGAAAUUCUGUUAUUCUAGAGAGAAAAGCCAUGGUAGAGCUUGAUAAAGAAAAUGUGGAUAACACAAGGUCAACCGAAACCAGCAAUAAAAUGGACAUUAAGGCCCAGAAUGGUGACCCAAAGGGUGCCAACCCUGCAAAUUUGUCUUUCGAAGUUUCAUUCCAAAAACGGGUGGUGAACUGGGAGAAGGAUAAACAGAAGGAACACUAUGAAUUAGGUGAAUUUUUGCUUCUGGAGCAAGCUGCCGAGGACCUCUCAUUUUCCAGCAACUCUUCAUUUGUCCAGAAACUCCUUGAUCAGAAUUUCCAGAAUGACAGCCGCAGGUUGUCUUCUACACCAGUUAAAUCGUCAGAAAAGCACCAAGAAAAAGUAGGUAACACCAUGAGGAAUGCAAGUGGUGGAAAGUUGUUUCAGAAAAUGGAGGUGUCCGGGUCAUUGUCAGAAAACGUUUCUAAUGUUAAACUUCCAGAACAGGGUGGAAAAAACUCAUGUGAGUUACAAAGGACUAGUGAGAAAGCAAAAAAAUCUCAUGUUUCUGACCCUGUAUCAAGUGAAGGGGACUAUGCAUCCUCUGGAGAUGAACAUAGUAACUCGGUUUCCAGUGAAAAUGAAGAUGAUACUGACAGCAGCACCAGGGAUCACGGCCCUAACACUGAAGACCUCAAGGGUCCUUCUCAAAGACUUAACAGGGGCAGUAAGGGCAGGGAUUUCGAUCUAGACUUAUCAGAUGGUGAAGAUAAUGAAAGUAAGGAUAAAACACUAUUAGCAGACACCAGCAAAGCAUCCUUGAAAGAUGACCAUAGUUCUUCAUCGUCUGACUCAAGUCAAGUAGGGUUUGAUGAUGAACGGACUUGGGAUGACCUUGGUAAUGUGCAAAGCUUGCAGGGCGUUUAUGAAAAUCAUUUUGCCACCAAGCAGUUUAUCCCAUCCGAGUACACCAGCAUCAGUCCUAACGAUGCAUCGAACAAAGCCGUCACAAGAAAAGUGGCAUCCAAAAAAGAUCAGCUUCAAGCUACAAAUACUAGUACCUCAGAUACUCCUCCAGCUUCAGAACUGAUGAUGAAGUUGUUUCCAGCUCUUAAGCCAAAAGCAAAACCAGAGGCGCCAAGUGCAACUAAACCUGGGUCAAGUCAAGAGGGACCAGGGGAUGCUGCGCGGUCUCAGCUUUUGAAGGAGAAACUAGUUGAAUUAGAAACUGAAAUUGAAAGGUUUAAGAUGGAGAAUGCCUCCCUGGCAAGGCUCCGUGAAGACAAAGAAAAAACUCUAGAGAAUCUAAGGAAAGAAGUUACAGACUUCGAACAGCAGAAAGCAAAAGAACUGGCCAGGAUUGAGGAGUAUAAAAAAGAAGAAAUGAAGAAGCUCCAAAAAGAGCGCAAAGUGUUUGAGAAGUAUGCUAGUGCUGCACGAGCAAUACCGGACAAGAAAGAACGGGAGGAAAUCCAGACUUUAAAGCAACAGAUCAAAGACUUACAAGAGGAGUUAAAGAAAAAGGACACAAAGUGGUCAACUACCCAUGUGCGUCUCCGAAAUCAGAUAGAAACCUUGUUAAAAGAAAACGGGGAACUGCGGGAAGAAAUCAAGUUUAUGGAAAAAGUUCGGUUGGAAACUUGGAAGAAAGCUGAGGCAGUGGAAAGCAAAAAGAAGACAAGUGAAGCUCCUACAACCCAAGUGAAGAGAUCAGAAUCUGUAAGUCCCCUGCACAUGUUAAAACAGAGACGGACGUCUGCUCCCGAACCAGAAAAGAGCACUAAGAUUCUCCGAAGCCAUUCUCCCAUUAAAGGACUAUCCUCCAGAAGUUUCAGACAGAUGUCACUCAGCGACUCCAGUAAUUCUGAAGCAUCAAAAGCCAAAGCAACAGAGCCUGUGACCAGCACUACUCCACAGGUUCCUGACAAGGUGCUACCUACAGAACCCAAAAAUGACAGCUCACCAGUGAAAGACAAUGAUGACGUCCAGGGAGAAAUUACAUAUCCAGAUGGAAAGGUAGAGCGGAUUUUAAGAAACGGAUGUCAUGUAAUUUUAUUUGCGAAUGGGACACGUAAAGAAGUGAGCCCUGAUGGAAAGUCUACAACUGUGACCUUCUUCAAUGGGGAUGUUAAACAAGUGAUGGAAGAUCAGAGAGUGAUUUAUUAUUACGCUGAUGCCCAGACUACUCAUACAACAUACCCCGAUGGCCUCGAAAUACUUCAGUUUUCCAAUGGACAGAUAGAAAAACAUUUUCCUGAUGGAAAGAAAGAGAUAACAUUUCCAGAUCAAACAAUAAAAAAUCUUUACCGUGAUGGAAGAGAAGAGAGCAUAUUCCCCGAUGGAACAAUCAUAACCACUCAUCUAGAUGGGACCAAAGUAAUAGAAUUUGACAAUGGACAGCGAGAAUUGCACACAGCUCAGUUUAAAAGGCGGGAAUACCCAGACGGUACAGUCAAAACUGUGUACACCAACGGUCAACAGGAAACCAAGUAUGCCUCAGGGAGAGUCAGGGUUAAAGACAAAGACGGCAACAUUAUCAUGGACACUAAGCUGUGAAGGAUUGUUAUGUCUGCACUCAGCAUGUAUAUAAGUUUUGUAAAAGCAGAAUGUCACACUGUACUUACUGUAUAUACGAGCUGUACAUAAGCAUUUUAUUUUUUUAAUGAAUGUCUGUAAAAUACAAUUCUUAAUAUAAUAAAACAAGAUUUGAAGUGUGA